GUUCAGUGCGAAUUCGCAGUACAAAAGAGACUUGUGAUAUUUUUCUAGAAUAAGUUCCGGAGCGGAACGGUUUAAUUUUUCGUAUUAAAAGUGUACAAUAUAAGUAAAAAUUUGGAAAAUAUGGAGAUUCUGCCGGUCACCAAUCAGUUUAAUGUUGGAUUCAACAGUGAUAAAGCAUGGAAUGGGCCGACAUGGCGGGAAGCGCCGGUGCCGGUACCGACGGAGGCGGCGCUGGCUCAGAGGCUGGAAAGAGAGUUACGAGCGGCCAAGGGAGCCAGCGAGCUAGCGACCGCUGAAGUCUUAGUGCCAGCGGAGUUACUCGCGAGGGCGUCCCGGCAAACUCUAGCGUUAGCGGAAGGAGAGCCCUGUGGGUCUCGGGGUGCGGCGGUCAUUGUCGACGUAGCUGGAAGAAGAUUAGCAGCUUUCAAAAUUGACCCCAACACUCUCACCACACAUGAAAUACACCUGCAUUUGGAACACGAUGCAACGAACUGGACUAGCCUGUUGCCGCAAUUUUUAAAAAACUUAACGCGAGGCGGCACCAUCAUCAUCAGCCCCCAGUUCACGAUAGAAAAGAAGAAACUCUUCCGCGGCCAGGCCGAAUGAACCGCCUGUGAUACAAGCGCGUGAUGCGAGCGAGCCGACUGACUGCCCUCCUCGAUAUCUACGUAUCGUUAUUUUAAAAAUAUCAAUAUUAUUAUAUGUAUAUUAUUAUAUAUUUUUAAUAAGAAAAAAAAGCACAGCGUGAUAUGUAAUGUAUAGAUAUAGAGUAAGCGCGCGUAACGGCGCGGUCUGUAGUUGUGUGCGGACGCGGCCGUACCGUCCAACCGGUGUAGUGAUGCGAAAUGGGCUUUGUAUCGACAAAGUGUCGAUAUUCGCUGAACGACCGAUGGUCGGACGGUGCGGCUGCGAGCGUGUACGUGCGGCGGCGCGCGGCGGCGAGCGUCGAUCUCGUGUCCCUCCUUCACCUCCCCGCUCUCCUGUACCCACCGUUGCGCCCGCCCCCCCCGCGCCGGCCGCACUUAUGUUAAUCAUUAUAUGAUUAUUGUUCGUAUUUUAUUAUUGGAUAUUUUAAUGAUUGUGAGUGGUGUUGGUUGGACGCGUGAGUGGCGUGGCGGCGCUCGGUGCGCAUCCCCAUGAUCUCAGUCGCCGCCGCGCGUGUGAUACUGGUACCGUGAGCGACGUAGUCUUAGGUAUUCUUUUUUGUUUCGAGUUCGAUUCUAUUCUGAAGUUGCGUAGAGUAUUUCAUGUAUCGUAAUUGUAUUUAUUAGAGUCGACCUCCCCGCGGAGGUCGUGGAUAUGUGUACGUUUUCGUAAUUGUACUAGUUCGUACAUUUGUUUGUGAUACUACUUUUGUAAUGUAAAAAGUUUAAAAUGAGAAAAAAAAUAUAUACUUUUAUGAAUGAGUACGUGCAUGGGAAUUAUAGCGAGAGUUGUAUCAUAGAGUGGCGUGAGGAAUCGGUGGCAAUAAAUGGCGAGGCGAUCGCGCUACGCCGCGCUCCUCUCAUAAUGCAAAGAUCUCAGAUUAUUUAUAGGUUUAAUAAAAAGUAUUAAGUUAUUUAAGUUAAUAUAAAGAUUGUAAUUUUUUGUAAGAUUGUUGUCUAUCGCUGCACACGGCCGCGAUACGAGUGCGUCCAUCGGACGUAUAGAUAUAUCAUGUACUAACAGUACAUAUAAUUUGACAAUGUUAUUGCAAUUGAAUGCAUUUUCUUCAGCCAGUGUAAUUGUUACAUUAAAUGUAAAUCAAUAGACUAACAGUUUUUAAUAAAAAUCUAAAUGUUUGUAGGGUCCAGUAUAAAACGCACAAUAUCAUAGUACUAGAUUUCACUUUCAUCGAAAAAAAAAAUAUUUUAAAAA